AUGCAGCUGCAAAAGCUCCUUUUUGCGCUUCAAGCCGUUGCGUAUUGCGGUCUCUACUCCAACAUCGCGCAGGUCAGAGCAGCGUCUUUCCGCGCUCCGCACUUGUCCGCCGUGAAACAGGCGCUCGAGAGACCUUCAAACUGGGCGAUUUGUUGCAGCUACGCGGCUGCGGCGCACGUGCCCUGUGCUGUGGCGCAGGUCGUUUGUCCUGUGCACGCCGCUACAUACUGCUGUUUUCAACCGACGGCGGUAACUUUGGACCCCCAGUGCUGGGCGUGUUGCGAUCUGUGCUAUGGGAGUGCAGUUGACGUCGCGGUGGAGGUCGCGAAGAGCUGUGGUACGUCUGGGGCGGAGAUCUGUUGCCCCACCGACAACGGCUGCUGCACUCCGCAGUGUGUGGAAGAUGUGUGUUCCGUCGCUGCUCCCCAGUGGCCGGGUUAUUGCUGCCUGGUUGACGAGACAUGCCGCGGUUGCCUGCGUUGCUUUCUCGUCGCUUCGUCGUGCAUGCGAGUCGCCAACUUUCGCGUGACAGAAACCCAGGAUUCCAUCAUCGCCGACGAAGUAAAUCUGGCCGUAAGUAGAAGCACAGACACUUCUGUUGUUUUUUGCACAUCGAUCUUCAUAACUAUCGAAUAUCUACACCUGCAGCCCCUCAGUGCUGGCGUCGUGUGCUACUUCGGUUUGUUGACAUUUGUAGGCGUGACCUGUCAUUCUCAUUUUAUCUAAAAAAUGCUUUGCUCGACGUGUUGGUCUGGAGUGGUUUAGGUCCACGGAUGAGAUCCAUCAUUUUACGCUCCACUACAGCUGACCGAGGGCAUGCUAAAUUCGUUGCCCGCGAUCGAGUGCGCGUAUUGGGCGGGACGAGUGGUGAUUCCAGGCGUACAGAAAUCAAUACAAAUUGUGAAUGCUCUUCCGCCCCCUGCGCAGAUGAGUAUGGGAGUGGGUACGUUGCUGUGCGCCACGGCAUGGUCCGUGGCCUGCGUCGCUGAACACGAGCGGCGGCGCGGUUUGGAAGAGGGACGACCGGAGGCCGAUGGAUAUAAUCCAGUGUCGGAGGAGGAAUACCUGCGGUGGAACGACCAGCAAGUGCGAGAAAUCCUCGCUGCGCCCGCGUUUGCAUCCCGCAGACAAGAACACCACCGCGGACGAAAUGGAGGACGCGGAGCCACGGCAGCGGAAUCGCGUCCAACGUCAAACUCGGAUCGCGAGCAAGGUUCGCAGUUGUUCUCCGUCAUCUCGCAUUUUUUUCCGUCCGUCUCGGCAGCGCAGCACCGAGCGCCGUUCAGCGCUGAUCAACGGAGUAGUCUGCGACCCCCUGAUGCUCACGUAGUUUUUCCGCGAGUAGCGGACGAAUCCAUCAGAUCCGCGGGAGUCAGAGAAAACCCAAGGGCUCGCGCCACGUCUCCACGGCGAACUGUGUCAUUCCUCCACGGUGCCACAGAAACAUGACGCUUCCACCGGCACGGCAUCGAUGCAGGGGUCUGGCGCGUUUUUUCCGCAGCCGCUUUCCUUGCCUAGCGGAGAAUUGAAAAAAGGAAAAUCUUUCGUAAUAUACCUAGUGCGCAAUCCUCACAGCAGUAAACAGAACCGAGAAUACAGAAUUUAGAAUAUUCAGUUCAGCACUUGUAAAAAUAGCCGCGUCGACUUUAAACGGUAUGUCUCCGUGUAAACUCACCUUAAAUAAUGAUAACCUCUACACGCAGACACAGAACGAUACCAGCACGAGCUGCAAAGCGAGUUCUAGCCUUGAUUUGGAUGAAGACUGCAACGGAUCAGUUUGGCGAUCACUUUAGCUGCUGUCUGUGUGUAGAAGAUCGGUGGAACAUCAUGCUGGAGGCGUUGGAUGAAGUCGAUCUGCACCUU